AUGUUUCUACGACCCGAGGAGCUUGGAGAGGGUUUCGUCCCUAGAGACGAAACCCCUGUCCAGGUCCUCCCAUCUGUCCCGCAGGUCGCACUCCCCUUCCGCCCCAAGUCUCUCCUCCCCUCGCCCCCAGGUCGCACUCCCCCUUCGCCCCAGCUCGCGUUUCCCCUUUCCCCCAUGUCGCGCUUCCCCUUUCCCCGGUCGCGCUUCCCCUUCCCCCCAAGUCGCUCCUCCCCUUCCCCCCAGGUCGCACUUUUCCUUUCCCCCAUGUCGCUCCUCCCCUUCCCCCAGAUCGCUCUUCCCCUCUCUUCCAGGUCGCACCUCCUCUUUCCCCCAGGACGCACCUCCCCUUUCCCCCAGGUCGCACCUCCGCUUUCCCCCAGGUCGCUCCUCCCCUUCCCCCAGAUCGCUCCUCCCCUUCCCCCCAGGUCGCUCCUCCCCUUCCCCCAGGUCGCUCCUCCCCUCUCUUCCAGGUCGCACCUCCUCUUUCCCCUCAGCAAACCUCCCCUCCGCUCCCCUUCCCAUCCGGCCCCUUUUUUUUCUGUCUCUUUGAGAUUUUCUGUGUUCCUUUCUCUCCUCCCAAAUUCCAAUCACCUCACCACCCCCAAUGGCUCAACAGUCACCUGCCUGUCCAUUGCUCUCAUCACAUGCCUCUCAUCCCAUGCCUCUCAAACCAUGCUCUCACCCCAUGCUCUCACCCCAUGCUCUCACCCCAUGCUCUCACCCCAUGCUCUCACCCUAUGCUCUCACCCCAUGCUCUCACCCCAUGCUCUCACCCCAUGCUCUCACCCCAAGCUCUCACCCCAUGCUCUCACCCCAUGCUCUCAACCCAUGCUCUCACCCCAUGCUCUCACCCCAUGCUCUCACCCCAUGCUCUCACCCCAUGCUCUCACCCCAUGCUCUCACCCUAUGCUCUCACCCCAUGCUCUCACCCCAUGCUCUCACCCCAUGCUCUCACCCCAUGCUCUCACCCCAUGCUCUCACCCCAUGCUCUCACCCUAUGCUCUCACCCCAUGCUCUCACCCCAUGCUCUCACCCCAUGCUCUCACCCUAUGCUCUCACCCCAUGCUCUCACCCCAUGCUCUCACCCUAUGCUCUCACCCCAUCAACUCGCCCCCUGCCCUACUAUCUGCUGCGCUGCUGGGGCGUGCCAAGGAGGGGCAAGGGGGCGGCAGCAAGGCAAGCGAGGGAGAUGGUGGCAUGGGAACUGGCUGUCCACUCCUCCCUUAG